AAUCAGAGUACUUUAUUUAUCCCAGUGGAAAUUGCAUCCUGAUAUCCUUUUUGGUGUUCUUAAAUAGAUAAAGAAAAUGACAAGUCACGGAAGACAAGAACCUGUUGUUCAGUUGCAGCAAUGAGGAAAUACAAACUCAGACUUGAACUUUGAUCUGAACCCAUAAAAGACCAUUAUCAUUUACUUUUAUCAGAAAACCAACCUAAGGACUUGGUUCCUUGAGCAGAUGACAUCUCCUGAAUGGAAUAUACUUCUUACACUUUUUGACUUUUUCUACUGUUUGCUGCCUCUGAAUAUUCCUCAAAUAACAUGCCCUAUAAUUGACCACUUCAUGACAUCCAGCAGAUCAGCUGACCAUGAUUCCUGUCUGGGCUUGACUUCACCAGAACAACAUGAAAAAAUUCUUAACUCUGUUCUUCUUCUGUCAUGUAACUUGUGCAGUGAAACACUCCCUGAAGUUCCACCUUACCGGCACUUCUGGAGAAACAAACUUUCCGGAGUUUGUUGGUGCCGCAGCGGUGGAUGGAGUUAUGAUUGGCCACUGUGACAGCAUAAUCAGGAGAGUUGAACCCAAACACAACUGGAUAAGAAGACUGAUUGAAGGAAAUCCGGAACACCUCCAGUGGUAUUCACAGAAGUGUCUUGUAUAUCACCAGCGGUUCAAGUCCUACAUUGAGGAUUUCAAGCAACAUUUGAAUCAAACUAAAGGUUCUCAUGUUCUCCAAAGAAUAAGUGGCUGUGAGUGGGAUGAUGAAAGUGGUGAAGUCAAAGGCUUCAAUUAUCACGGGUAUGAUGGAGACGACUUCAUCUCUCUGGACCUAAAGACUAAGACAUGGAUUACUUCAAGAGCUGAAGCUGCUGUUGUCAAACAUUUGUGGAAUGCAGAUAAAGUGAGAUUAGAGUAUAAAAAAAACCUUUACAAGGAAGAGUGUCCUAAGUUUCUACAGGAAUACAUUCUCUAUGGGAGGAGCUUUCUGCAGAGAACAGAGCGUCCUUCAGUGUCUCUCCUCCAGAAGACUCCCUCCUCUCCAGUCAGCUGUCAUGCUACUGGAUUUUAUCCUCACAGAGCAAAACUGUUCUGGAGGAAAGAUGGAGAGGAGAUUCAUGAGGAUGUAAAGAGAGGAGAGAUUCUCCCCAACAAUGAUGGAACCUUCCAGAUGAGCUCUGAGCUGAGUGUUUCGUUAGUCAAACAUGAAAACUGGAGGAAGUAUGACUGUGUGUUCCAGCUCUCUGGAGUAAAGGAAGAGAUCAUCACCACACUGGACAAAGCAAAGAUCCAGACAAACUGGGUUUCUCCUUCAGAGUUUCCAGUUCCGUCUGCUGUGGGAGGAGCUGCUGGAAUGGUUCUGCUCCUGGUGUUCAGUGGAGUCCUCUACUAUUGUUGGAGAAAAAGAAAUGACUUCCAGUCUGUUCAUGGUAAGUGUUGACCAUUAAACCUUUGAUCUUUUUCUUAUUUUUGAAUAAUAUAGAUGUGCAGCAACCAUUGAUAUAUAUUACUGGAUUGGUCCUUGCCUAUUCGCUGCUAUAAACAGAGACGUGCACACGCAGGCACCAUUGUUAUGCAUUGAGUCAUGGCAGCAGAAUGCAGCUGUUUUUAUGGAGGACAGGCUGACAUCAACACAAAAAUCGGGCUAGCUCUGUCAUUUCUUAACUGAGUUUUAUCAAAUAUGGUCAAAUCAAAGCUUGGAAAAUGAUUGAUUUUGUGGUAUAUUUUAAUAUUUAUUGUGUAUACAGAUUAAUCUGUAAAUAGUGCAAGAAUUGCAUUAUUCUCCAUCGGAUUAUUUUGUUGUCAAGGUUUUUGAAGUCGAUUACAAAACAUUGCGUCCCUUUUUGUGGUUCUUUUCGUACUUAUUCACACCUCCUCCGUUCAUCACUCGGGAAGACUCAAUGCUUAGCAAUGCCGCACAUCUGUCAUGCUGUAUGUCAUGUUUCCAAUCCAGUAAAACAUAUCAAUGGCAGCAACUCAGGUUAUGGAAAAAUCUAAAUACAACACCAUGGCUGACCACAUCAAGG